UAUCCGAGGAGCACAGGAGGAAGACCCACCAGACCCUCAGCUCAUGAGACUGGACAACAUGCUACUAGCAGAAGGUGUUUCUGGCCCAGAGAAAGGAGGUGGCGCAGCGGCUGCGGCGGCCGCAGCAGCUGCAUCAGGUGGAACCUCUGACAAUUCCAUUGAACACUCAGACUACAGAGCCAAACUCAGCCAAAUUCGGCAAAUCUACCACACAGAACUGGAGAAGUAUGAGCAGGCAUGUAAUGAAUUUACAACACAUGUGAUGAAUCUCCUGCGGGAACAGAGCCGAACGCGCCCCAUCUCCCCCAAAGAGAUCGAGAGGAUGGUUGGAAUCAUCCACCGGAAGUUCAGCUCCAUCCAGAUGCAGCUGAAGCAGAGCACCUGUGAAGCAGUUAUGAUCCUCCGGUCAAGGUUUCUCGAUGCCAGGAGGAAAAGACGUAAUUUCAGCAAGCAGGCUACAGAGAUCUUAAAUGAAUAUUUCUACUCCCACCUCAGCAACCCUUACCCAAGUGAAGAAGCCAAAGAAGAGCUGGCCAAGAAAUGUAGCAUCACAGUGUCGCAGGUAUCAAACUGGUUUGGAAAUAAGCGAAUCAGAUACAAGAAAAACAUCGGUAAGUUCCAGGAGGAAGCAAACCUGUACGCAGCUAAGACCGCAGUCAAUGCAGCACACGCCGUAGCAGCUGCCGUCCAAAAUAAUCAGACAAGCUCCCCCACAACACCAAAUUCCGGUGGAUACCCUUCGUCAUGUUAUCAAUCAGACGGGAGGAUACAAUGAUGGCUUAGGAGGGAACUCACUGUACAGCCCACAUCACUUAAAUG